AUGAUUCAACAAGUUCCUUACAUUGUCAAUCUUCAAAAGAAUAAAAAUAAUAUAUGUGGAGGCAGCAUAUUAUCAGAAACUGUGAUCAUCACUGCAGCUCAUUGCAUUGAAGAUCAGGGGAAGCACAGAAUUUUAUCUGGUUCAUCAUACGUAUCAAAAGGAACACAACACAAAAUAACAAAAAUAAUAAUGCACCCAGGAUAUCAUCCGAAAUCUUUUGUCGAUGAUCUUGCAUUGCUUAUAAUUUAUCGUCCUAUCGAUUUUAGAUGUUCACCGAAUAAAAAAAUAUCACUCUAUGAUGGACAUGUUACACCAAAUAUUCCUGCAAUUACUAGUGGUUGGGGUUGCAACGGCAUUAAAUGGUUCAGAGAUUUACACCGGUAUCCUAAAUGUUUACGAUCAAUCACUGUGCGUAUAAUCAGCUUGGCGGAGUGUCGAACUCGCUAUCCACAUGACCUGGAUAUUACAGAUAAAACAAUUUGCACUUUCAAUGGGGCACUUGAAGCAAAAAAACACUGUAGCGAUGGUGAUUCUGGCGGUCCUCUAGUUUUAAAUGAUAAACUGAUUGGUGUUAUGGCUUGGAAUAGGGAAGAUGCACAUGCAAAUGCUCCUGAUGUCUUCAUGAACUUGGCUCAUCCGGCAUACAGAAACUGGAUUAUUUCACACAUGUCGCAAAAUUCAUCCAAUCCGAUAUAUCCAUUCAGUUCAUGCAGUCACACUACACACCGUCUUCCAAAUCCAUACUAUUGUCUAAAUCCACAUCAUCAUCCCAAUCCACACCAACAACCCAUUUUAUGCAAUCAUGUUAUCCGAAGAAAGUAG